GCGUAAAAAACACUCUGCUUCACCUUCCAACAAAACGGCUCGUGAAUGAUGUCCGUGCAGCAGUACUGUCUACGGUGGAACAACCAUCAGCCGAACUUCAUCUCGGUCUUCUCGACGCUGCUGCACAAUGAGAGCCUGGUGGACGUUACGCUGGCCGCCGAGGGACGGCAGCUGCAGGCACACAAGGUGGUCCUGUCGGCGUGCAGUUCCUACUUUCAGUCCCUAUUCACCGUCAAUCCCUGCCAACAUCCGAUCGUGAUAUUGAAGGACGUGCAGUACAACGACCUUAAGACGAUGGUAGAUUUUAUGUACUACGGGGAGGUGAAUGUAUCGACCGAACAGCUACCCCAGGUGCUCAAGACGGCCGAAAUGCUCAAAAUUAAGGGCCUGGCGGAGAUGCCGGACGCGUCCGCCGUGUGCAAGGCGGACCUCAGCAAGCUCGACCCGUCCGAGCUAAUACAGGCGGCGAACGUUAUACCCGGUGCGACUGGCGAUGCGAUAUGGGGCAGUGCCGAAUCUCAGCAGCAAGCGCAACAGCAGCAGCAACAACAGCAGCAACAGCAACAGCAACAACAGCAGCAGCAACAACAACAGGCACAACAUCAUCAGCAACAAACGCAACAGCAGCAGCAGCAGUAUCAGCACCAGCAACAGCAGCAACUACAUCAACAAACCCAGCAGCUGAGACGAUCACCAUCCCCCACGACCAACAUGUCCCCAGCGGCGCGAAGAAAACGGUUACGAAAGACGUCCACCGGGUCCGGUUCCAUAUCGACCGAUCGGCUCCAGCACCAGCACCAGCAGCAACAGGCGGCUGUUGCUGCGGCCCAGCAGCAGGCCGCUGCCGUAGCUGCCGCAGCAGCAGCGGCGGCCGCCGCUCAGCAGCAGCAGCAACAGCAGCAGACCGAAGAACAGCACGGUACGAGUGCGGACCCCAGUACACUAAACCUGGUACCGCAUCUACACAUCCAGCAGCAGGUGGACAACAUAUCGUACGGUACGGCGACGGCAGGGCACGGUGCGUUGGCGAUAGGCGCUGCAGCUGCCGUUGCUGCCGCAGCAGCAGCCGCCGCGGCCGGUAACAAUAUUCGCAUCAUUAAAGAAAGCCCGAGCUCCGACGUAGACCAGCAACAGCACGAAUCGUCGCAGGAGAGCGUCGAUGAGACGGGUCACCACAUGCCGAGCAUUAUCAAAACGGAAGACCUCAGUGGGGUCACGCAGACCAUACCGAUGGACAUUUCGACGACACCGACCGCCGUAAACAUAACGCAAUCGCAGUCACAACAUACCGGUGGGCAAUGGACGGUAAUCGAUACGAAUUAUUCGCGGUUUGGCAUUGCGCCGUGUCAGACGAAUUUAGGACUGCAACAGCAACAACAGCAACAACAGCAGCAGCAACAACAACAACAACAACAACAACAACAACAGCAGCAACAACAUCAACAUCAGCAGCAGGUCCAACAGCAUCAUCAACAAACGAAUCAACAGCAGCAACAGCACCAGGGUGAUAGUCAAGGCUUAAGUAGUGCCGGUAAUGGUGCCAACAGUGCGGCAAAUGGUGGCGCACCGGGCAGUGGAACGGGCGGCACGGCUACCGGAAACAACAGUGGCCUAACGAACGCGUCAACCACCAACUCCAACGCCACGACACCGCAACCGACGACACCGGUUCAAAUCUAUCAGCAUCCGUUCUCGCCUCAGAUCAUAUCGGUCAACCCGAACAGUAUGGUUAACAGCUACCAGUCGUCGAACCUGUCCACCCCCACGUCCCCCCAAACAGGGAGCGAUCAAGCGACGGGACUGGUGUACAGUACCGGCACACCGAAUCAAUCACCGCUCGGUGCAACGGCGACCGCUGCCUCCGGUACGAAUGCCAGCGGGAAUGGCAAUGGUGGUGCGACCGCUGGUGGCAACGGUGCACCGACAGGAGGCGGCAAUGGUACGACGGCGGGUAGUGGUGGUGCAGCUGGUGCAGGAAACGGAGCGGCCGGCGUGGUGGCAGGAACGGGCGGGACCGGCACCGGAACGGUCCAGCAACCGGUCAAGCGAAAACGAUCCGUCAAUCCGCAGGGUGAUGAAAAUUUCCUCCGAGCGCUCGAGGCGGUCCGGUUCGGUGGCAUUGGUUUCUGCAAAGCCGCCCGUCUGUACGGUGUGAACAAUCGAACGCUGUGGUUAGAGUAUAAGAAGCGCGGUUACCCUAUCAGCCGACCGAGCAUCAAGAAUCGCAUCAAGCUGGAACCGAACAUAUCGCCACCGCCGACGGCCACCACUCCGCCCGGUGAUGAGAACGCCUCGAUGGAGCACUACGAUACGGCACUUUCCUCCCCUGCGCUUAACAUGUCCCUACAGCAGCAGCAGCAGCAGCAACAACAGCAGCAGCAACAGGUGCAGCAACAUCAAGCAACACAGCAGCAAGUCACUGCGGCACAGCAAACCCAACAUCAACAGCAAGGCAACGAUACGACGAAUGCUGCUGCGGCUGCGGCUGCCGCUGCCGUCGUUGCCGCCUCGUCCACCACCCCUCUUAUGUGUCCCCCGCACGGACAUCCGAUGGGUGUGAUGGGUUUUCUCGAUACGCGGCACGUCGACUUUACGACCACGGCCGGCUUGCAUCAGAUGUCCCGUCAGCGGUAUCCGGAUACGGCCACGGUGAACAUGAAUACGGGCGCGGUAAAUCUGCAGGGGCUCAACUUUAACUCCAUGUAAGGGGACGGGUGGCUUCGUGUUGUGACCGUAAGCAAUGGGGGUGGUGAUGGUGGUGGCCCUGGUG